AUCGAACGAAAACACAUUUGUGAUUACUCAAGGAGCAUGAUAGGUGUAUAUAACUUGCCGUCAUUCUGCUGUUGAAUUAAAAUCGGAACGUGAACAUUUAAGCAUUCCUUCAACCGUUCGGUGGCAAUGGGCUGCGUCUAUUUGCUGGAAUGUCGCAACGCAGCAUAGAGAACUUGCCCUUCGAGUUGCAAAGAAACUUUAAUUUAAUGAGGGACUUAGAUCAACGCACAGAAGAUCUCAAAGAACAGAUAGACUCCCUCGCAAAAGAAUACACGUCAAAUGCUCGGACCCUUUCUUCCGAGCAAAAGCUGUCCGUACUGAGGCAAAUUCAGCAGUCGUACAGCAAAUGCAAAGAGUUUGGCGAUGACAAGGUGCAACUGGCCAUGCAGACCUAUGAAAUGGUUGACAAGCACAUAAGACGCCUGGACACAGACCUGGCCCGCUUUGAAGCCGACUUGAAGGAAAAACAGAUUGAGAGCACAGAUUAUGAUUCCACCUCUAGCAAAGGAAAGAAAGUGGACACCAGACAGAAGGAAAAGAAGUCUGCUAAAACGAGAUCUAAAGUGAAGAGCUCUGAUGAAGAUGGCAGUCCCAAGAGCGCCCAGAAGAAAGUCAAACUCCUUCAAACGGGUGAAUUCAACAGCCCCUCCACCAACUUUGGGAAUGUGCACCCAUCUGAUGUGCUGGACAUGCCAGUGGAUCCAAACGAGCCCACCUAUUGUCUGUGCCAUCAGGUGUCUUAUGGCGAAAUGAUCGGCUGUGACAACACUGAUUGCUCCAUUGAGUGGUUCCAUUUUGCAUGUGUGGGUCUGACAACCAAACCACGAGGCAAAUGGUAUUGUCCACGAUGUUCUCAAGACAGAAAGAGAAAAUAAAACGGUUGUCCCAGAACAAACACUGUUGGGGGGAAAUAAAAUGUCUUCAUGAAUUAUUAGUUUUUUUGGUUUUUCACGUUCCUUAAGAUGUGGUGCUUUUUUUUCCCUUUGUAUUUUCUUUGGUCUGAUGCAGAGUGUAUGAAGACAUGAAGUGGUUUCAAAAGUGUAUUUAAAAGGUGUUUUUGUCUUCGUUACAUUGGUGCUCAUAUUACAUUUAAAAAGAAAAAUCUUUGAACAAUAAACACUACGGCUGCCCUGAAUUAUUUGCCGGUUUAAAUUUGCACAGUCAGACAACUAUCCACAUGCAAAAUAUGUUUUUUCCUUUGAAAACAAUGUGGCCAUUUUUUAAAUGUUUUGUUUGUAGAGUUCCUUUUCUUUUUUUUAAUGCCAUUGACAACAAAUCUCCCUCUUGUUUUACCGUUAAGAGGACAAAAAUAGUACCUUCUCUCAUACGGCAUCAUGAAAGUAUUAGUUAUCUAUUUGGUAGUGACAAUUUCGUUUUAGCAUUUUGAUUGAGUGCUAUAUAGUGUGCAAAGCAUUUUGUGAAAAGUACUGUCAUCGAUGUAGCUGGAACAUUGGUACAAGGGGGGAGGGCGUGAUUGUGUUAUUAAUCAUUUGAAUACAGCUAC